AUGAAGGUUGUAUUAAUAAAAUCAGAAAGUGAUGGUCCUGAUAAAUUCGUAGAAAAGCUUCAAAAAAACAGUUUUAAUGUGACGUCAAUUUCUUCAAUUGACUUUCAGUUCAAAAAUCUUGAUAAAUUAAAUGAUAUCCUUAAGAAUCACUCAGACUCUUAUGAUGGAAUGAUCUUUACAAGUCCAAGAGCUGUGCAUGCUUUGAAAAAUGCUGUUGAACAAAAUGAUUCGACAAUUUUAAAUGACUGGAUCUUGAAAGAUUUCAAUUAUAGUGUCGGUGAAGGCACUUAUACGCUAGUUGAUAUGCUGUUGAACAUGAAAACUAAAGGAAAGGAGGCUGGAAAUGCAUUGAAAUUGUCAUCAAUUAUUGCUAAUGACUUUAAGAAUCGAUUUGAUAAAAGGAAGUUGCUGUUUGUUUGCGGAAACUUAAAACAGGACAUUUUGGAAAGAAAUCUCAAAGACAACGCAAUAGAUCUGGAUGUAAUUGAAGUUUAUGAGACGAUUCAGCAUCCAAAUUUGGACAGUUCAAUUAAUGAGUUAAAGGAUGUUCAAUUUCUUGUCUUCUUCAGUCCAUCGUCAGUUAAUUUCUCACUGCCACUAAUAAGCAAGCAUGGAAUAGACAUAAGUUCUAUAAAGAUUAUCGCUAUUGGACCGUCAACUGAAAAAUGUCUAUCUAGCAAUAAUAUUAAAUGUUAUGUCUGUGACAAACCAUCACCAGAAAGUCUAAUAAAUUUCAUCAAGAGCUGUGUAUAG